GAGCUCUCUUGAUUACCACUUCGGCCCUCUUGAAUAGUUUCUGUAAAUCCCCUUACCCCGAAUCCCGAGGAACCUCCAUCUUGUAGUCUCUUGUCCUCGUUCUACGAGUCACGAUAAUUGACGCGUCAUAUGCUUGAGACACCAGAAGAUGGUGUCCGUGAACCCUCUCUUAAAUACGAGAGGAUAUACGGCGAAUCCUGGCAAAUGUGGAAGCACAACUGCGUAUUCAUUCAAGCUGCUGGAUGAAAAAUGAAAUAUAUCAAAAACAUUUAAUUAGCAUCCUUCAGUGAAUAAAAAUGAAUAGUGAGCAGCAUGCAUUGCCAGCGACUACGCAGGCACAACAAGAGGAUGUAAACGCGGGUCAAAGUGGUCGUCCUUCAUACCCAGGUGGUUUGGCUACAGCAACCAAUCUUGGCAAUGUAGGGAGUACCCCGCAUUCAUCCGCGGACCUGCGUGUAGGUACAGCUGUAGCGUUAGCCUCCUCGGUAGCUAAAUAUUGGGUCCUCACCAAUCUCUUUCCUGGACCGCUACCUCAGGUCUCAGUCUAUCAUCAUUCCCACCACAACUCCUCACAUAGGAGUAGUGGAAGUGGAGAGGCAUCUUCCAAAGAAUCAACCUCUUCAUUGAAUCAAGAAAUGGCGUUGACUUCCAAUUCGCAUCAUCAGUCAACACCUACACAUCAUCAUCAUCAGCCUUCAGUUAGCAGUAGCAGUCAUCAUAGUUCUUUACAACCAAAUCCACAGCAGAUACCAGUUUCUCUACCAGGCCUUAAUUUAGACGGAGCACAUAUACCUGCCAGUGUCAGUCAUUUACAGGCAGCUCAUGCACAAAUGCAACAACAAAUGCAGGCAGCCCAACAACAACAGCUGCAUCAGCAGCAACAACCUCAACAACAACAACAACAACAACAACAGCAGCAACAGCAAUCUCAUCAUCAAAUACAAAAUCAUCAAAAUGCUCAGAAUAGUGGACCAACUGCACAUAAUCAAAACGCACAGAGAGAUGAUAAUAAAGUGAAAGAUGAAGGUGGAAGUUGCACUACUGAACGUUGCAGUGACAAUCAAGUUCACUGUCAAGUUCAAUGUGAUCUCCAAUUACAAACAUCUCAAGAUUUGCAACAAAGCCUUAUGCAACAACAGCAGCAGCAACAGCAACAAAUUGGUGUGAAUAUAAGUGGAAAUUCAUCAAGUGAAGGUGGAAGUCAAAAUAAUACAGAAAAACCUGAGAAAGAAAAAGAGCUACGUCAAUUAAAUAUGACGCAAUUCCAAGUACCAGAUUUAAAACCAGGAGGUCAUAUGAUGGAUGUAAGAACAGCUGAUGGUUCAGUUGUAAAAAUUAGUGCUGGAAAUGAACAAGAUUUAGCAAAAACGCUUGGUGUUGAAAUGGUGCAAAAUAUGUAUAAGGUAAAUGUCGAGGAUAUUAAUCAACUUUUAGCAUAUCAUGAAGUAUUUGGAAAAUUACAAAGUGAAAUAGCAGCCGGUACAACCUUAGUUGGAAGUACAGUUCCUACCCAAACAGUUACCACUAUACAAAAUGGAACUCCAAUUGUGCAACAAGUUCAGUUAAAUAAGUUCGAUAUUAAAUCAAGUGAUGGUGAAGCUACACCAGGACCAAGCGCUUCGCCUGUAUCAGUUGGAAGUCAUGCAUGUGAAAUAUGUGGAAAAAUUUUUCAGUUUCGCUAUCAACUUAUUGUUCAUCGUCGAUACCAUACAGAAAGGAAACCUUUUACUUGUCAGGUGUGUGGGAAGGCCUUUUUAAAUGCAAAUGAUUUAACACGACAUGGAAAAUGUCACUUAGGUGGAUCUAUGUUUACUUGUACAGUUUGUUUUCAUGUGUUUGCAAAUGCACCAUCUUUGGAACGUCAUAUGAAACGACAUGCUACAGAUAAACCCUAUAAUUGUACCGUAUGUGGAAAAAGUUUUGCAAGAAAAGAACAUUUAGAUAAUCAUACACGUUGUCAUACUGGAGAAACACCUUACAGGUGUCAAUAUUGUUCAAAAACAUUUACUAGAAAAGAACAUAUGGUAAAUCAUGUUCGUAAACAUACGGGUGAAACUCCUCAUCGAUGUGAUAUUUGUAAAAAAAGUUUUACUCGCAAAGAACAUUUUAUGAAUCAUGUUAUGUGGCAUACGGGAGAAACUCCUCAUCAUUGUCAAGCUUGUGGCAAGAAAUAUACACGUAAAGAACAUCUCGCAAAUCAUAUGCGUUCACAUACCAAUGACACACCAUUUCGCUGUGAAAUUUGCGGUAAGUCGUUUACGAGAAAGGAGCACUUCACGAACCACAUAAUGUGGCAUACGGGUGAGACGCCGCACCGCUGUGAUUUCUGCUCGAAGACAUUCACACGAAAGGAGCAUCUUUUAAACCACGUUCGCCAGCACACGGGUGAGUCUCCACACCGAUGCGGCUUCUGCUCCAAAUCGUUCACCAGAAAGGAACACCUUGUUAACCACAUCCGCCAACACACAGGAGAGACGCCCUUCCGCUGUCAGUACUGUCCGAAAGCAUUUACGCGGAAGGAUCAUCUGGUGAACCAUGUCAGGCAACACACGGGUGAGUCACCGCACAAGUGCCAGUAUUGCACCAAAUCCUUCACGAGGAAGGAACAUUUGACAAAUCACGUGCGUCAACACACAGGCGAAUCGCCACAUCGAUGCCACUUCUGCUCCAAGUCAUUUACUCGUAAGGAGCAUUUGACGAAUCAUGUGCGAAUCCAUACUGGUGAAUCACCGCAUAGGUGUGAAUUCUGUCAGAGAACGUUCACCAGGAAAGAACAUCUAAAUAAUCAUCUCCGUCAACAUACUGGAGAUUCAUCGCACUGUUGCAAUGUAUGCUCGAAACCAUUUACAAGAAAGGAACAUCUCGUAAAUCAUAUGCGAUGUCAUACUGGUGAACGUCCGUUUGUAUGCACAGAAUGUGGCAAAAGUUUUCCCUUAAAGGGUAAUUUACUUUUCCAUAUGCGCUCGCACAAUAAAGGCAGUAAUGCCGAGAGACCGUUCCGUUGCGAUCUUUGUCCAAAAGACUUUAUGUGCAAAGGGCAUUUAGUAUCUCACAGACGAUCGCAUUCGGAUGAACGACCGCAUAGUUGUCCAGAUUGCGGAAAAACAUUUGUUGAAAAGGGCAAUAUGCUUAGACAUUUGAGAAAACACGCGGCGGAAGGGCCACCAACUCAAGUUAGUACUUCUUCUGCAAUUCCUCAGUCCGGUGUUUUGCCAAUUCCGGCAGCAGCAGUUCUUGUCGGCCAUCCUUUGGCGCCCCCUGCACCACCUGUAGUGCCGCAACACACUGUGGUUGUGCCUACUCCACCAGGUGUAUUGACCUCCUAUUAAACCAAAUCAAGAGAGCAAGCAUGUAAAGAAAAAAACAAAAAAAAAGCAUUUUUCAUAAGAAGAAGAGAAAGUGAGUGUAUACAUGAUGAAUGUCUGUGUUUGUUGAUUAAUGAAAGUGCACCGUUUGACUGUUUAUUUUUUUUUCUUCUUCUUUCUUUUUCUUUUUCUUGUUCGACUGUUCUUUUCCCAAAACGGAAGAAGAAAAAGACUAUUGAAACUUGCAGUUUCUACGGGCACGAAAGUGAGUUGAUUGAUAAAGUGUUAUUGUGCGAUAGAAAAAUCGUUAUGAAUCGUGACUAUAGCACCCCAUUAUUCACGUUUCAAACAUUUUUAUCGCAAUACUCGUCUGUUGCUAAAUACAGAGAAAACGAGAGAAAGAUUUAUAUGAACUUCAUCAAUUUUGAAGAGUUAAUCGUGCUGCUACGAACAAUAGCAGUGUAUUAUCCAAAGUUUGAAUUUUUUUGUUUUUGUUUCUUUUUUUUUUUUUUUUUCCUUUCUUCUGUAUAAUAAAUAUAAUAGAUCUUUUAUGAAGAAAAAAAAUAUUCAUUAUGUGUUAUCGAAUUCCACGCAUUGAAUGUCGUUGCGUUGGAAUCGAUGCUCGGGUCUUUGCGAUUCGAUAAUGGGCACACGUAACUUUGCUAUUAAUUCGAAUAUAAUUAAAAUUAACUGCGGUAACGAUAUAACGCUGUAUUAGUUUUAUACAAUAAUUUCGUGUAAAGAAGAGAAACAAAAAGGAAAAAGUAACGAAAUUAAUGUAUUUACUAGUUAAAAAAAAAUAAAAUUCAGCGUGAUAUAAUGUAAUAUAUGAUAUACCUCUGAAAGAUUGUAUAAUCGUAAUUUAAAAGAUUUAUCGGGUAGUUUGCUUGGAGUACAAAGUGUAUUUGUGAUUCAAAUUAUGUGCAGUUUCCUAUAUUUUCUGUCUAAAUUAAAUAUCUCGUAUAUUUUAUAAAAAUUUUUUUAUUUAUAUAAAAAAAUUUCUUAUAUAAAAAAUCGUUAUUGGGAAUGGUUAUAAAAUUAUAUUUACAUCCACCACUUUAUUCAGUAUCAUUAAUCAUUUUACAUUAAAAUACAUUUUGUACUAUUACUUCCAUAAAGCAAAAAUUGGCUAAUUUCGUUAAAUAUGGAGUGGUAUUUCUUAUUUCUAAUCAUAGAUAUUUUUAAGAUUAUAAUUCUGAAAAAGAUUUUUUUUUUCUAUUUUUAAUUAAACAAAAAGCAUUAUAAGUUUGCUUUUUCUAUAUAUUUGUCUCUAGAAAUAGAGAAACAUUUCUAUACAAAAUCUAAUAUCAUAAUAAUAAAUAUAUCAUUUUAUUAUUUCUGUAAAAAGAAUUCUACGUAAACGUGAAAAAGAUAACAAUAUAUAUUAUAAUAAUUGAUAUUAUUCGAUUUAUUUAGAUAUUUGUGUUUACUUAUUUGGCGUGUAGUUUUCUUUAAUAAAAAAAUUAUAUUUAAAAGAAGCACUUUAAAAAAACGAUUGAUUAGUAUGGAUUGUUUUAUUAAAACGGAUCCGGAUAUCGAAUUAAAAUAUCGUGUCAAUUGUCCGUUUUAGCUAUAGUCAAUUGUUUUCUUUUUUUUUUUAACUCUUCUUGUUUAAUCAUAAUUAUCGUAAUCAAGUGCAAUAUAUUUUUGCGAAUUUCACUAAAGCGUUUACCCGCAGCAAAUACCAAGUUUUAAUACAUCAGAUCUUAAGUAAUAAAAAAAAUAAACGAAAAAAAUAAAUAAAUAAUCAGACGAUAGCAAUUCAAUACUUUUUUAUGUAUAAAUAUAGGGACAAGUUUUGAUCAUUUUGAUUUUUUAAAUUAAUUUUAAACGUUUAACGACAUUUACGUUUCACCUUUGAAAAAGAAAAAUAUUAUUGUCUCUAGCGAUCUUGUAAGGCCAUGUAUUUCAUAUUUACAUAUUAAGGGUAAAAGAUAAAAAUAUCGUAAGCUUGGUUUUGCGACAAUGUUGUUUAAUGCUUUAAGUUACCUGAAUAUAUCGUAUAUAUUUGAAAGAUCAUUUAACACCAAAUUUUUAAAAUGUAAAACAAAAAAACAAGUAAAAAAAAAUCUUAUAAUUGCAUAUUAACGAUUGUUGCAUUAUCAAGCUUAUCCUAAUUAUGUAUAUUAUAAUGAUAACAACUACUGAAAUAUAGACAUGAAAAAGAUGAUAAAUUUAUUAACGCGCGUGCAUGCGUCACAUGGAGUUAAAUGAACGAUAUCGUUCAUCACUCCGUAGAAAUCUAGAUUAAUAUAUUAUGAUAAAUAUAUCUAAGUAUAUUCAAACAGUUAGAUAUUACGUACUAUUUAAAAAAAAAAAGAAAAAAAAACAAGAAAGAAAAAAAUAAUGAGGGAAAAAUUAAUGAAUAUUACAGGGUCACUUUAUCAGUGACACACAAAAUAUAUGUCACAUAUGGAGCGUAAAAUUUUCAUAUUAUAUUCGUAGAAAAAGAAAAAGAAAUAUAUAAAGAAAAUGAAAAAUGGUAAUAGAAAGGAAACGUAUAAAGUAUGCAUUGUGCAAAGAUACAUCUAGAGAGGUAAAACAAAUAUAUAUAUGUAUAAUAUAUAUUGCUCACGCGUAUAUACAUUAUGUAUAUAUAUGUUGUACACGAAUAUGAAAAAGAGAUAAAGAAAACUAUGAUGCCGUAGCGAAAACACUUGAUACAAGUAAUUUUUCCAACAAUACAUGUAAAGAAUUCCUCUAUAAUUUAUUCGUGGCAUCGCUCCUUGUAAUUUGCUAAAAAGUCUAACAAGGAAUAAAUAGAAAUAAUGUUUAUAUGAAUAAUUAUUAUUAUCUUAUUAUUAUUGAUAAUAUUAUUAUUAUUAUUAUUAUUAUAUUAUUGAUAAAAUUAUACGUUACAAGAAUAAAAUUAAGAGUUGGUUCAUGCUUUUAAGAGAUUUAGUUUCGUGCUUGUUCUAAAAAUAGCAAGCAAAUAUCAGAUCCAAUCGUUCCCUUUGAAUCAAAGUAACUUUAUAAAAUAUAUUAGUGAAAUAGAUGUUAUUUUAUUUUUUCACUAACAAACACGAUUUAUUAUUUUUGUGUAUAAUUUUUAAUAAAAUUUCUAUCUAAAUGAUCUUAUAUUUCUUGACAGAGAUAAAAAUCAUUUGAAUGGAAACGCUUUGAUUCAAAGUGAAGUAUGAUGGUGAAGGAAAAAAUUCAAAAUAUGAUUUACUUUAGAUAGAAUGAAAUAUGUAUAGAAUUUUAUUAUGCACCAUUGUAAUAUUAUGUAUCCCAGUUGUGACACAAUAUACACUGGUGUUAUGUUAAAUGUGAAUAUUACGUGUUCUGUCUUAUAUGUAAUAAUUUCCCAUGCUUUAAUUUUAUUUUGAAUAAAAUUUUUAGCAUAAA